CUCCUUUUUCCCAAACUCAGGCGACGGGUCACGGGAACCGCCGCAUUGGCCCAGCGGGCGCCGUGUCAGUGAAUUUCCUCAAAAUUUUUUGAAAUCAAGUUUCAUUUGCCUGCAGGAGCCCAGGGGAAGCAAUGCAGAAGUCAGAGUGCCGCGGAGCCGUGCGGCUGAGAAGCAGAGCGCCAGGUGAUUACAGCCAAAGGACACCAGCAAGUCCACAGACAAAACAUGGGACUGCAGUCCAACAGAGCAAACCCUCACCGGCAGCCAGUUCACCAGAGUCUGCAAGAAAAGCCCACCCUCGACCAAGUGAUAAACUGAACCCUAAAACAAUUAACCCGUUUGGCGAACAAUCGCGAGCCCCUUCUGCAUUUGCAGCUGUUUACUCUAAAGGAGGUAUUCCUUGCAGGUUGGUCCAUGGGUCAGUCAAGCACAGAUUGCAGUGGGAAUGCCCUCCCGAAAAUCUUCCAUUUGAUCCUCUUCUCAUCACUUUAGCCGAGGGUCUGAGAGAGACCAAACAUCCGUACACCUUUGUGUCAAAAGAGGGCUUUAGAGAGUUACUUUUGGUCCAAGAUGCUCCUGAAAAAGCUGUGCCUCUGCUUCCUCGACUGGUCCCCGUGCUUAAGGCAGCCCUGGCUCAUUCAGAUGACGAGGUCUUUGAAAGGGGAGUAAAUGCUCUGGUGCAGCUGAGCGUCGUCGUGGGCCCUUCCCUAAAUGACCACCUGAAGCAUCUGCUCACGAGUCUUUCAAAGAGACUAAGAGACAAGAAAUUCAAAGAGCCCAUCACCAGUGCGUUACAGGAGCUGGAGCAGCACGGCGGAAGUGAAUGCCUUAUCAUCAUCAAAGCUAAAAUCCCGACAUACUGCUCCAUAUGUUGUUGAAGAAGAGGGCCGCCAAAAAUCCUCCUACUGCCUGGUGACAGGUGUUACACUCGCAGACCGCAGACACCUGGGCGGCCUCUGCCGCUUCCCCUCAGUCUGUUGUUUUGUAACUCGCAGCCACCAUCCAUCAUUUACUGCUUUGGGAUGAACAUACACAGUUCCACGGAAUCAUAGGAAGUGACUCAACAACAAAGAGGCGUAGUUAAUAAAGAAAAGAUAUUUUUAAAAGUUCUAUAUAGGACAGUUUUGUGAGGUUUAUUUUUCCUAUUUCUAUGGUUUGUGUGAACAGCUAUUAUUGAGUUUACAGUAGGUGUGUUUGUAUUUAUUUUCUAAUGGCUUUUAUUUAUAACAUUCCUUUUGUAAUCAGUUUGUAGCUAUACACCUAUUUGUAGACAUUUUGCCAUAUCUGGAUUUUAUAUUUAUCAAUGUGAUAGAAAUUUAAAAUAGUGGACAUGUGUGAAUUCACUGUUUAUUGUUUGUAAAUAUGUAUUUCAUAAUGUAGAAUGCUUGGGAAUAUUUUUUUCCAGAGUAUUCUACUUAAAAUUUUUUUAACGUAUAAAUUCUCUCAUAAGUAUGUUGUUUAUUACAACUCAUUAAAGCUGCCUAAACUUUAGGUGUUAAUUGUAUUUAAGUAAAUGUUAUUUUUAUAUUUCGUAGCCUGA